AUGGCAAUAUCACCAGCGGAGAGAAUGAAAAACUAUAGAAAAAGGAGAAAACGUGAUGGUUCGCACAACAUCUUAAAAGCAAAAGAUCGAAUUCGUAAAAAUAUGGCACGUUCUCGUCUACCAUCUCGACGUCUCGCUGAAUUACGAACAAAACAGAACAUAAAUUUGCGAAAACAUCGGGCCAAAACACCUAAAAAACUAUCACCCGUACCAAGAAAAUCCUCGUUCGGGUCAAAGCAAAUGAGGGGAAAAGCUGUCAAACAAGCUUUGGAGAGUUUACCAGCCAACAAGUCAGAACAAGUCGAGAUAAUCAAGGCACCAGGCCGCCGUGGCAAAGUAACCGUGAAAGAAGAUGGUGAGAAGAAGAUAUACCAACGAAGAUUUUUAUUGUUCAACCUACGUGAAGCGUAUGGCAUAUUUACCAAUGCAAAUCCUACGAUUCAGAUCAGUCGUUCAUCAUUUGCACAUCUACGACCACCAUACAUCUCAAUCAGAUCGUCGACUCCUCAUAGUACGUGCACCUGUAUCUACCAUGAAAAUGUUCAUUUACUAUUGAAAUCUAUAUAUAAUCAUAUUCAUAUAUUAAAGUCAUUGGAUUUGAGACCAUUUAUUGAAUUGAUUGUAUGUGAUGAUGAAACGGAAGCGUGUAUGAUGAUGAAAUGUGAUACGUGUAUUGAUCGCUUUGACGAAAAAAUCACGAAACAAAUAAAAAAUGAGAAGAAAAAUAUCGCAUGGACGUUAUGGACCACAAGUGAUGAUGGUCGUGCCAUCCAAGUCGACUACAACGUGUGGAAAAAUUUGAGUAUGGCGUUUAAACGUUUAAUGUACAGUCAUCGUAAACGAAAAAUGACACUUGAGUGUGAAUAUUUAGAAAAAAUGACUGAUUUAAAACAUGAACAGGAAUCGCUUAUAAGCUGUUCUUCUCAAAUGUAUGAUACGUUCAAUAAUGAAAAUUUGUUAACAACAUACAGUCUGGUCAAUACAUUAGAAGGUAUACAUUGUAAUGAAGAAAUUGUUCAAACACUAUUAAGUACAAAUAAUGAAGAUAAACAAAAAACUGAGGAUGUAUAUGAGCAUGAAAAUACAGUUAUAGUAAAAGAUACCAUAAUUCAUUAUAAAAAUGUUGUCCCACCAGUUGAUUUGCGUUUUGUAUUAGAUAAAGUUGGACUUAGCAUAGUAAUGGCUAUGUUGAAAAGUCAUCAUAAAUGGACGACAAAAAUGAAAAAAAAAUCUAAGGUACUACGUUUUGUCACACUGAAUAUAGAAGAUCAAUUGAAGCUAUUAUUCUCCAGAUCUAAUUUUUAUAAUAAUUUACAUGGAGUAUCAUUGACAAAUACAGGUGUAAGAUUGUUUGAAUCAAGAGAAAGUUCGUUUGUUCCUAUGUAUCUAGCCAUUAACGAAUUACCAUUGAAAGAACGCUUUCAACCUCAUAAUAUUAUCCUUAUUGGGAUAUGGGCCAAUGAGGUUCAUAUAAAUCGUCAGUUACUGCAGAAAGUUUUUGAAAUUAUUUGUGUUCAACUGUUAACUAUAGAAAACGGUAUUAAUUUAUACGUCAAAGAUUUGGAUUUAAUUCGUAAUAUAGCUGUAUACAAUAUUAUUACUGUUACUGAUAAAGUUAUGAAGAAUAAAUGUAUGAAUAUGGUUCAGCAUAAUGGUUCGUACGGUUGUGCAUACUGUUUGAACCCUGGUAAACAUUUUAAAACAGUAAAAGGUGGACAUAUAAUGUCGUUCCCACGUCAAUAUGAUUAUAAUUAUCGUCUUCGAUCCAUAACAACUUAUAAUUAUGCCAUGACACAAUUGCAGCAAGGUACUAAACUGUAUCAAGGCCAUUAUGAUCCAAGUGUUCUUCAAUCACUGAAAUUUCAUCAUUUUCCAAAUUCAUUCAUUGUUGAAUCAAUGCAUACCAUUUACCUGGGUGUAACCAAGCAGUGCAUAUCCUUAUGGAUUGAUCCCUCACAUGCGAAAGAACGUUGGUCAUUUUAUGCGAAAAAGGAAGAAUUCCAAGCGGCCUUCAAUAAUAUUCACCUGCCAACCUCCGUAUAUAAACCAUGCAGACCAUUUUGUGACGGUAUUAAGCACAAAGCCAAUGAGUUACGUACCUUCCUUCUGGCAUAUUUUCCAAUUUUGGAAUUAUUUUUGGAUGACAUAUACUUCCAUCAUUUUUUACUGUUGGUUGACGCGAUUUAUAUGCUGUCUGAUGUACAACAUUUAACAACAGUGAUAGUUCAACAAUGUCAUGAAAUACUGUUAAAUUUUGUUGAAGAUUAUGGAUUACUUUAUAACGAACAUCAUGUCAAACCGGUGGUCGAAGAUAUUGCACAUAUUGGACCACAAUGCUUAAUGUUUGGGCCACUUAUCAACUACGAUGCAUUUGGAUUCGCAGCAGUGAAUGGAUUUUUUCAUGAUCUGAUAAAUGGCAAUAGGAAUAUGCGCUCAAGUUCAAUGUUUCAUACAAAGCAUAAUAUGUUCAACGUUAUGUUUAGUCGCAUGUAUCCUAUGAAUAGACUUAGUAAUUCAAAAACAAUUGAUCAAAUAAAUAUAUUGGAUAAGGAAGCAGAAUAUGUUAAACAUUGCUAUUACAAGUGUAAUCAAUUACUAAGAAGUGAAUUAACAGCAAAAAAAAAUAAAAUAUAUACCGACACCGUUGUACACGUUUAUCACAAUAAUGUUAAACAAGUUUUCCAUAUAAAACUUAUAUUUUUGUCAAAUUACUGCUGGUAUACCUUUGGACACAUGUUGAACGAAAUUAUUGUUCCAGAACAGUAUCAGAACAUGAAAAAUAUUGUUGCCUUCGGUAAAUUCGUUGACGUACCAGAAAUUAUUGAAAUGAACUGUAUUAUCGAAAGACUAACUGUAUUUGACGAUAAAGAAUAUAAACUAAUUAUUAGAUUACCGUUUUUUGGAAAUUAUUCAUAA